AUGCCUUCUUCUUCGUAUCCAGAUGAAUCUCCGCCGUAUCGUGAGCGAGCUUCCGCAAGAGGAGACGAUUCUAGGCCGCCGCCACGUCCACGCUCGAGACAUGAUUCGCCUCGACGGAGCAAGCGUAGGGACGACUACGAUGCAAGCGACGAGGACGACAUUGCUCCCUUGAGAUCCCCACCCACGGAAGCUAGCAAAGGACGAUCACGCAACUCAGCCCGUUCGGGAUCUCACGACUCUCAAAUUCCGCCUCCUCCUGUGGGCCGCCACCGCCAUGGUGAUUAUGAGGAGGACGCAAAGCCAAGAAGACGACCGUCUCGAGACGAUUACGACGACGAACCGCCGUCAGGACAUAGACGAAGACGUGGAGAGCCGUAUGAAGAUCCGCCACCGCCCAGCCGUGAUCGCCACAGAAGGAGAACGGAUCAAGAUGUGGAGCCUCCAAGGAGAAAGGAUAACGUGAGAGAUUAUGCUCGAGACUCAGAUCGCAGGCGCCAAUCUGAGCGUCCACGUUACGACGACGAGUCAGAUGAAUACGAGGCCCGCCCGAAACGGAGAAGCGAGAGGGAGAGGAAUAGACACGACGAUCGAGGAUAUCGCUCUGAGGCCCCGAAAAGAAGGGAGCGGGAUGAGGCGCAUCGUGGGUAUGGUACCGAGAAGGAAUCUCGCCGGGACAGGGAAAGGCGUCGCGAGAAGGAAAGGCCUCGUGAUCGUGAUCGUGAUCGUGAUCGGGACCGAGACCGGGACAGAGACCGGGACCGCGAUAGAGAUCGUGAUGAUCGCGACAGCAGACCGCGUUCGGGCAAACGAGACAAAAAGGACAAAAAAGAUCUGGAUCUAGGCAAGAUGCUAGAGACGGGCCAGAAGCAUUGGUCGAAGGUUGAGCCAGUCGCCAAGCCCAUGCUGGGUGCGCUGGCAAAGAAGUACCUUGAGGCAUAA